UGUCAGCAGAGGACAAGUAUAAGAACAAAGUUUCGAUAAUCACUAUGACAUUUUUUUUUUCAAAUCUUCCCUUUUCUGUCCAAAAGCCAAUCAGUGAAGCUCAAAUUCACUAUUUACUGCAAUUCAUAGAAGAUGGAUCGUAUUGGGCUUACUCAAAACUUCCAAACUCACUGUUUCUUUCAUUUUACUGCUUCUUUACGCACCCAAUUGUCUAAAGUUUCUAACUUUACCCCCAAUUUCAAGAAUCCCAAAGUUGUUACAGCCUGCAUGGCGGCAGCGACGCCGGCGGUGGCACCUACAGCGACAACCUUUGGGUUCAAGAAUUUGAUGGAAACAGUGACAAUUGAUGUUCAUAAAGCGGAAGGGAGGCCACUGAACGUGCCACUGAUUGCUCCUUUUACUAUUGCAUCAUCAAGAUUGGACAAAGUGGAAAACGUAGCUAUUAGGGUUGAGUUGAGUAAUGGCUGUGUUGGGUGGGGUGAAGCCCCAAUUCUUCCAUUUGUGACUGCAGAGGAUCAAUCCAUUGCCUUAGCAAAAGCGGCUGAAGCCUGUGAGUUCUUGAAGCAGAGCCGUGAAAUGACUUUAAAUGUUGCAUUAACAAAAAUUGGCGACGUGCUCCCUGGACAUGAUUUUGCUUCUGUCAGGGCAGGAGUUGAGAUGGCACUGAUUGAUGCAGCAGCGAACAGCAUUGGAAUACCUCUCUGGAGACUAUUUGGUGGAGUAUCUAAUGCAAUAUCUACUGACAUUACAAUUCCGAUUGUUUCACCCAUGGAAGCUUCUGAACUGGCUUCAAAGUAUCGUAAACAAGGUUUCAAGACUUUAAAGCUUAAGGUGGGCAAGAAUUUGAACGGAGACAUUGAAGUGCUUCAAUCCAUACGUGCAGCACAUCCUGAUUGCUUGUUUAUCUUAGAUGCUAAUGAAGGUUACACGGCAAAUGAAGCUAUUAAAGUCCUGGAAAAGUUGCAUGAAAUGGAUGUCACUCCGGUGCUAUUUGAACAACCUGUUCAUAGAGAUGAUUGGAAAGGUCUUGGUCAUGUCAGUCAGAUUGCAAAGGACAAAUAUGGGGUAUCUGUUGCUGCCGAUGAAAGUUGUCGAAGUUUGGUUGAUGCUAAAAAGAUAGUGCAAGAAAGUCUUGCUGAUGUCAUUAACAUUAAGCUUGCCAAAGUUGGGGUGCUUGGGGCUCUGGAAAUUAUUGACUUGGUGAGGUCCUCGGGCUUAAAUCUGAUGAUCGGUGGUAUGGUUGAAACCAGGCUUGCCAUGGGCUUUGCUGGUCAUCUAGCCGCUGGCCUUGGAUGUUUCAAAUUCAUUGACCUAGACACACCCCUUCUGUUGGCAGAAGAUCCAGUUUUUGGGGGUUAUGAAGCUUCUGGACCUGAUUACAGCUUCUCAAAUGCUAGAGGGCACGGUGGUUUUCUUCAUUGGGAGAAUAUUGCAUGAUAUUAGUAGCGGAGCUUGUUCACUCUUCAGGAUUGUCACUCACAACCUAAUUAUAGUUAUGCAUAUGUACUUGUGAAUUAGUCGUUGGUAAAUUUGAAAUGUUUAUGUGCCAAAGAAUUGGAACACAAUGCUAGAAUAUCCAAUCUUUAGAGUAAACAAAUAUGUAAAUGUCUUAUUGUCUGUUGAAAUUGAUGUUAGUUGAGAACGUCUUGCUUGAUCUUCUCUUUGACAAUCUCAACAAAUAUUAAAUCAAUCUGCCAGACUCUUGGUACUAA